AUGUCCGUCCCUCUCGCAAAUAUCGCCUGCUACGUCUGCAUCACGUCUGCCGCCCGCCACUCUGCACGGCUCCUCGCCCGCCUUCAUGUCCUCCAGAAUGCCGUCGUCCAAAACACUAGGGCUGCCGCUUACAGCACCAUCCCAUUGAGGCCUGUCGACGUCUGCCUGCAUGCGGAGAUGGGCAUCGAGAUCGAGAUCGAGACCGAGCGGCAGCGAAGGCAGCAAAGGCAGCGUGAACAUAUCGAGAUCAGGUGCCGAAGGAGGAGGAGGAGGAGGAGAAGCCACGGCAACGGGCAUGGUAUGCUGGGACAGCGGAUCCUUUCGACGCAUAUCUCCGAUCCGAGAAGCCGCUCCCUCGGGGUUCUGGACGGUAUCCUGGUACGGCUGCAAGGUCGGGCACACGCUGAGGAGAAAGCGGGAAUGCAGAUCGCGCAGAUCGACGUUUUCGCGCUGCGUUUCGCACAGCCGCUUCUCGAGACGAAGACGGUGUUGCUGCAGAGCGAGAUAGCGCGCACGGAGCUGCUCCAGGGAAAGAUCUUCGACGGCGUCGGGGGCUACGUAUGCGGGGAGGUUGUUUGUCGUGGUUGCGGGGGCAGUGGCCACAUCGUCCUCAUUUUCGGCGUGGAGGCUUGCGCUGAGGAACUCGAUCUAGAUGUCGACGGAGUGGCGGAGCUGUUUGGCGUUUUCGAGGGCGAUGCGGUGAGGGUUCUGGGCUAG